AUGGGAAAGGCUGCCAAGGCAAAGAAAGCCGCUAAGUUGACCCCUGACCAAAGAAGGGCCGCUGAGAUGGACGAUGAUGCUUUCCCCAACGACUUCGUUAUGGAUGGUGCUGGGAACAUGCUCAACCGAAGGGACGUUAUACAGGCCCUUAGUGAACGGGUUGAGGUUAUUGACGGCAAGGAUGCUACUUUCGUGAGUAAAGUGAGGCCCACUGGAGGUACAAGGGUCUUCGGGAAGAGCUCUGAAUGUAUAUUCACCAAUAUGGGCGACUUCCGGUCCACCCUGGGCUUUGGUUUUGUCCAGUGUCCUCAGACCACAGAAUGUGUCACACUUCGGCUCAGACUGACGUCCCAGAUCAUUACGCUGGUGUAUGAUCCCGAUGAGGAAGAAGCCGCUACGGUCACUGAUGAGGUAUUGCCGAUUAAGGAGGGCGAGCAGCCUCAAAAGCUCAAAUUCAGAGAGUACGCUUUCGAUGAUGUGGUCUCCUAUACUGGCGACCCUAGCAUCAGCCACGUUCGCCUCGUGAACUAUGCUGAUGUCCAAGUUCCCAAGCAAGAGGACAUCCACGAUGAGCUCCCCUACGUGGACGUCAGGUUGGGCACUGCGGGCCGACUCAUCUUUGUCCGCCCUGAUUUCACACAUACUAUGUGUACGAAGUUGUUGUUGUCGCAAAUCAAAAAGCAAGCCACUGAUACUGCCACGCUGGUGGCUGAGCAGGAGGCCAACGAGAAAAGGAGAGUAGAGAACAUCAGAGCUGGGUACGUCCCCCCGACCGGCCUAGAGGCCUAUUCUAUGUCCGUGCCAGAGGGAGGCAUCAAAUGCGACGAUAAUGCACUUACAGUAGAAGGCCUGAACAUCUCCGCACCGCGGCAACAGUUGUUCGUGGACGCUAGCUUUAGGAUAGUGCAGGGCCACAGAUAUGGUCUGCUUGGCCCUAAUGGUUAUGGUAAGACCACGUUGUUGAGGCAUAUCCAGCACGGGGCCAUACCGGUGUCGGAAUCGUGGGAUGUGUUCCUGGUCGAACAAGAGGCUCAUGCUACAGACUCAAAGGUCAUUGACGAGGUCCUUAGUGCUGAUGCUACUACAGUGAAGUUGAUGAAAGCGGAGGAGGAUAUAAUGAAGCAGUUGGACGAGGCGGCUGAUGACGAGGCUAAGGCCGCUGAUACUGAGAACAUCCUCAAACUACAGGAUCAGCUCGAGGAGAUCAUUAAGGACCUCUCUGCUCGGGAGGCUGAUAAGCAGGAGGCUAAGGUUAGGAAGAUCCUGGCUGGUCUUGGAUUCACCCCGGAAGACCAGGAGAAGCCAGUACGGCAGUUUUCGGGAGGUUGGCGUAUGCGAGUAUCACUAGCUAGGGCAUUGUUCAUGCAACCUAAGCUGCUGAUGUUGGAUGAACCUACCAACCAUUUGGAUCUGGACGCGGUCUUGUGGUUGGACCACUACUUAGCCGAAGAGUAUCCCUUCACUGUCCUCGUUGUGAGUCACGAUGCAGACUUCCUGGACAGCGUCUGUACUGAUAUCAUCUCAGUGGAGAAUAAGAAGUUGUUACAAUACCGUGGAGGCUAUACUGAUUUUCAAAGGAUGCACGAACAGCAGUUUGCUAAGCAAACUAAGGAGUGGGAUUUGCUCCAACGGCAGUUGAAGAACUGCAAGAGCAAGGCGGAUCGCGAGGCUCUGUUGAAGAAGAACGCUCAUAUCACAAAGCCGGUCGAAUACAGGGUUAAGUUUAACCUCAAGGGCCAGGGGCAAGAUGAUCGUCUCGGGGGGCUGGGGCUUCGGGAUGUUUCCUUCUCCUACUCUGGGAAGACACCGUUCAUCCUCAACCAUGUCGAAUUCGGUGUUGAUUGCACCUCGAGAAUCGCAGUAGUUGGUGCUAACGGCUCGGGCAAGUCCACUUUCCUCAAACUUCUCACUUCUGAGCUGGAGCCUACUGAGGGCGAGAUCAUGGCCAACCACGGCCUCAGGGUGGAGCUCUUCUCCCAGCAUUUUGAGGAAAAGUUGGACCUUGCGCUCACUCCAGUAGAGCAAAUACUGCAAGUCGGACGAGGCCUUCCUGGUGCAGAAGCAGUGAAGACCCCCGAAAAGGCCCGGCAGAUCUUGGGUCGUUACGGCCUGCCGUCUGAGUCACACGUGAAACAUAUUGGUAAUCUGUCUGGUGGGCAGAAGGCUCGUGUAGCGUUCGCCCUCCUGGGCCUGCGAGCGCCCCAUCUUCUCAUUCUCGAUGAGCCUACGAACCAUUUGGAUAUCGAGACCGUGGAGGCUCUCAUUGACAGCUUGGAGGAAUACGAUGGGGGCGUGGUCGUGGUUUCCCAUGAUGCCAGGCUGAUCAAGAGUUUAGAUUGCGAGAUGUGGAUUUGUUCUGAUGGUACGGUAUGGCGAUUCGGGGGGAAUUUCGACAAGUACCGAAAUAGAGUAUUGGCUGAAGUUGAGGCUCGCGAGAGGAGAGUUGAACAGCAGAUGGAAGCGAAUAGGAAGUCUAAGCUGGAGAGGCAUGCGGCACGGUUGGGCCGGAAGAGGGCGGAAAGCGCUCAUGUGGCCGCGGAGGCUCAGAAGAAGGCUGAGGCAGAGGCGGCUGCUGGUAGUAGUCAGCCGGCUAAGCUGGAGUUGACGGGGCCUAAGAACGGGAAGAAGGCAAAGCUGGGGAUAGCUGCGAUGAUGGAUGAGGCCCGCAAGAAGAGGAAGGAGGAGUCUAAGAAGAAAAGGAUGCAGGAGCAGAAGGAAAAGGAGGAGGAGGCUGCGUUGGCGACUAAAGCUGUAGUAGCUUCCGAGCCAAUCGUGAGCAAGGCUGAGAAGAACCGGUCGAAGGAGGUUGAGUCUGUUAGUGAGGAGGCUAGUGAUGAGGUUGAGGAGAAAAAGCAUCAUCGUCAUCAUCAUCACCAUCAUAAGGAUGAGAAGGAAAAGAAGGAGAAGAAGAAGUCGAAAAAGGACAAGGAGGGUGAUGAUAAGGAGGAGAAAAGGAAGAAAAAGAAGGAGAAAAAAGAAAAGAAAAGUAAACGGAAGGAAAAGGAAGAGGAGGCUGUUGUGGAGGAGGAAGAAGAGGAAGAGGAGGACAGCGACUUGGAUUUAGCAAUGUUUGCUGGGGGUAAGGCUCGACAGCAAGCCGCCGCCGCCGCUGAGGCUGAUGUUGAAUCCUCGGAUAGUGAGGAGGAUAGUGAUGAUGAUGAUGAUGAGGAUGCCUUCCUUGCUCAGUUCGCCAAGCAGAAUAAGAAAAAGAAGGGCCGACGAGCUCCUACCCCACCUCCUCCUGAGUCUGAUUCGGAUGAUGAAGAGGACGAUGAAGAGGACGAUGAAGAGGACGAUGAAGAUCCUUUUCUUGCCCAAUUCGCCAAGAAGAACAAUAGUCGGGGAGGUCGAAAGGUUGCUACGGAGGAAUCUGAUGAUGACGAGGACUCGGCCGCUGCCGUUGUUGAGUUCAAGCACGAAGAGGUUGUUGAUGAUAAGCCCAGCAAGGGCAAGUCGAAGGGGCGUAGGAGGCGAUAAGCUCAUGCGGCUUUCUUAUAUCCACUGACUGCUCUGCUACUAAUGUAUCCAUC